AUGCUACGAAGAGUCUGGCUGCCGAACAAGACAUCUCGUAGACUAUAUCACGUGCUAGCCAUCGAGUCAUCGUGUGAUGACUCAUGUGUAGCUCUUUUGGAUAGAAAAAACUUGAAUUCGGCCCCCCAAAUCAUCGAUGAAGAGAAACUCACUCUCAACUCUGCUCAUGUGGGAGGUAUUAUCCCCACAGCAGCACACGAGUUCCACCAGACCAGUAUAGCAAAUCUCGUUGGAAGAUUCUGCCGUAAACACGAUUUGACCGGUGAUUCAGUGGACUUGAUCUGCGUCACAAGAGGCCCGGGUAUGGUUGGAUCGCUCAGUGCAAGUAUGCAAUUUGCCAAAGGGUUGGCUGUGGCAUGGAACACGCCGCUAAUCGGCGUCCACCAUAUGCUUGGCCACCUUCUCACGGCUAUGCUACCUUCUAAGGAGCGCCCAACUGCCACAAUUCCAAACUAUCCGUUUCUCAGUCUUCUAUGUAGUGGUGGACACACCAUGCUUGUUCUUCUGAGAUCAUUGACGGAUCACCGUGUGAUAAUCAACACUUCAGAUAUUGCUGCAGGUGACUCCAUCGAUAAAUGUGCGCGAGAGUUGGGGAUGGUUGGCAAUAUGCUUGGCCCAGAGCUUGAAAAGUAUGUGGGAAACAUUAGCGACUCUGAUAGGUCCGAGUUUGAGUCCAUAAACACCAACACGAGCGGAAAUAAGUUUGGCUUAAGACUCCGAAUGCCCAUGAGGGGGCCCAAACAUAAGAAAGUUCCCGACACCAUCGAGUUUGGCUUUGCAUCGUUUCUCAGUUCAAUUUCAGGGUACAAGGAUUCACAUUUUGGAAAUGGGCCAAUAGACGAGCACACGAGACAAUUUUUGGCAUAUAAGCUUCAAGAUGUGCUCUUUGACCAUAUUGUCAAUCGUAUAAAUGUUGCAUUUUUUAAGCACGGGUUGCAGGGCGACAACAUUUUCGAAGGUGUGCAAGACUUUGUGUGUUCUGGAGGAGUUGCAGCGAACAAAGUGUUGCGCCAGAAGCUUUUCCACAACUUGAAAUCAGAGGAGCCUCUCAGAUUCCAUUUUCCAGAUUUGAGGUUGUGCACUGAUAACGCCACCAUGAUAGGAAACGCUGGGAUCCAUAUCUUCGAGACGUUGAGGGUCAAAUCAAAUUUGGAUAUCUUGCCAAUUCGAAAAUGGCCCAUGGACAAGUUAUUGGAUGUUGAUGGAUGGGAGACAGUGACGGAUGAAGAAUUUCAACACGUGACAGGCAUGAAACCAUGUAAAUAG